AUGCGUCAUCUGAGCGCAGCCAUUAAACGUGAUGUGAAAAACAUUGAUUUGUACGAGUUACAGAUUGUGACCUAUCUUCAGCGAGAGAAAAUCCGCGAAGCUCGUGCAGCCGUUGCCAUUUGCAUGCAACACCUUCCAAAUUCACCUAGAGCACGUGUUCUUAAAGCGCAAGUAUUACUCGCUACUCCAAGUGGUAAAGAGGAAGCACAAACGAUUUUGGAGGAGGUAGUGUUCGCCCAUCCUUAUCUUCUUGAAGCUGUGUGGCUUCUCAUAAGUCAGUAUGACAGUACCCACAACUACCAAAAAGGCACAGAAGUUUUAAAGAAACUAACGGAGGUAUGUAUCUUUCAAGCAUCUUUCAAGCAGAAUUCAAUGGUUCCUUUCCAUUCGAUGGGCCGAUUACACCAUCAGCUUGGCGAGUUCUUGUCAAAAACAGGUAUGCCC